GACUCCGCCUACAGACUCGACCACGCCCGCACCAGCCCUCUUUUAGUAGAGUUCAACAGUUAGUCAGACUCAUACACACAUGAGACAUCUUCAGCAGACACGUUGGAUUUUAGAUCUUCCUGGUUAUAUUUGACACUAAAUUAAGAUGUCUUCAAACUCAAACCUGAGCAGCAUGAGACGAACUGUUGAACAGCUGAGACUGGAAGCCAGCGUGGAGAGAAUCAAAAUUUCUCAGGCCGCGGCUGAUCUACAGCAAUACUGCCUCCAGAAUGCCAGUAAAGAUGCAUUAUUGGUGGGAGUACCAGCGGGCAGUAAUCCAUUUAGAGAACCACGGUCGUGUGCUCUCCUCUAGACUAAAGGAGAAUGGAGAUCAAGGAAGGGAAGACUGAUAUUUUAUUUUUGUGAUAUUUUAUGUAAAUCAUUAUGAUGUAUUGUGCGAAUACGGAUGUUUAAGAAGAUGGAUGCCUUCAUUUUCAAAUAUUUUGUUGUGUAACAUGUUUAUCUUGCAGCUUUUUGUAUUAUUUAAUUGUAUUUGUAAACCAUCCCUGAUAGCAAUAGGCUCCGCUCCGAAGUCGGCAGCUCCGGUCUGGAUCCGUUGCGGAUCUGCCCCGGAGUUUAUUGCUGUCAGGGAGAGAAUGCAAAUUCCUGUGUCCAAGCAUCCAAAAAUAAAAAGGUUAUAAAUGAACUAAAUAAAAAAAAACACUUGUGUGCAAAUAACAGAAUAGCAUUAAAAAAAACCUAGUUUGCUACUGGUUAACAUUAACCAAAUAUCAAGUGUCAUUUAAGUUGCAAGUUAUUCACCAGAAUGUGUUUUAAGAGUCUUGUCGCUUUAAGUUCACAAACAUUGCAUCAUCUUCUCUACAGAUCUGAAGUAAGAAAUUUGCAGCAUCUAAUGAAUACUGCAAUAACCUCCUGCUGUACUGUAAUGCGUUCAUUCCUGUGCAACUGAAAUAAAGUUGCAGUAAAAGAUU